AUGCACUCGCGAUACGUGCAGAUGCUCCUCGGCCAGGACGACAUCCCCGCCCUGCACAACAUUCUCGCCUCUUUCUUCGUUUGGCUCCUCCUCGCCGGCUUCAUUGUCUUCCCCGGCACCUUCACGAGCAUCCAACACUCGCUCGAGGGCAAGGAGGGCAGCCGUGUCUGGACCGACCAGACCACCGAAAAAAUCUUCAAGAGCGUCAAGAACAUACCCCUGCUCGUACUCGCCGCCAUCGCAUGUGGCGUCUCCCUCAUUGGCAUGUUGAGCCUCGCGCUGCGGCACCUGACAAACUACGUCUGGCUUCUCAACAAACUCAUCGUUCCGGGUGUCGCCAAUUGCCUUGCAGGCCUCAUAUCGACCCUCGUCGGCGUCUACUCGCAACAGCACGGAAAUUGGAGCAUCACAGCCAAAGUCACCGCCAUUGUCGAAGGUUCAUGUCUGGGCGUUAGUAUCGCCCUCUUUUUCCUCUUUGACAGGUACCUCCUCCUUAGGGUCAAGGAAAGCCACGGACAGCAUUAUGAAAAGUGGCCCAGCGACAGGAACCUCCAGGAGAAGUGGUAGUGAUGGUGCAAUAAUACGUAAUGGAUAGAAGCGGUGGCCCCUCAAGGCAAAACCGUAUGCUGGC